CUAUUUCUACUUCCCUUCCACUUCUUCCAAAGUACUGGUACCAUUAUUGGCUCAAAAAUCCUCUUCCAGCUCUGCAAUUUCCGUCUCCGUCAACUUUCAGUCAACCGAAAUCCAUCCUCUCUCAUUGUUCAUCACCUUCAGGUUAGGGUUUGGAUUUGAAGGUACACGGGGCUAAUUGAUGGCGUCGAAGAGGAUAUUGAAGGAGCUCAAGGAUCUGCAGAAGGAUCCUCCCACAUCAUGCAGUGCUGGUCCAGUGGCAGAGGAUAUGUUCCAUUGGCAAGCAACAAUCAUGGGGCCUACAGAUAGCCCUUAUGCCGGAGGUGUAUUUUUGGUUUCAAUUCAUUUCCCUCCGGAUUAUCCUUUCAAGCCUCCAAAGGUUGCCUUUAGGACUAAGGUUUUCCACCCUAACAUCAAUAGCAAUGGAAGUAUUUGUCUGGAUAUUCUAAAAGAGCAGUGGAGUCCAGCGUUAACCAUAUCUAAGGUCCUGCUCUCCAUCUGCUCCCUAUUGACUGACCCAAAUCCAGAUGAUCCGCUUGUACCAGAAAUUGCUCACAUGUACAAGACUGAUAGGUCCAAAUACGAGACCACUGCUCGUAGCUGGACUCAGAAAUAUGCUAUGGGAUAAUGGCGAAGGCGUCACCAGGCAUGUCUGAGACUUUGUAACAGCAAUGUCUUAUUGUGCGUGUAGUGAAUGAAUAAAUUCGGCUAAAGAACUUAGUUUACUUCUUAAUCUCCCUUAAAGUUGGUUGUCAAGAGACAUGUCUUUUCAAUUUGUGAAUAUCUAUUUGAUGACUAUUAGUAAGGGAGACACUUCAAUGUAAUUUUACUUUGUUUGCCAGUUUACCUGAGCCUUUCUCUAGUUUUUCCAA